CCCCCUUGUCCUGUCGCUGCAGUUCCUGAUGAGUCGCAGCCCUGUGGCCAUUGUGGUGCCACCUCGGGGACCUCCCUCUGGGGCUCCAUUCUGGAGUCCCCUCCUGCGACACCAUCUCACCCUGGAAGGCACAAAGUUUACCUGCUGACACAUGUCCCACACCCAACCCACAGCACCUUGGCCCUUCGGGGCUGUCCCUUUGUGACACGGGCGUGUGACAGGCUGACCUCGCCCGUGACACCACAGUGGCCACUGGACGUGGGCCACAUGACAAAGGGCCAUGUCCCAGCAUUCCAUGAAAUCAGGAUGGGGGCACAGAUCUGCAGUCAAUCCCGUGGUGAGACUGGUGGGUUGCAGGCCCCGUGUGACAACACCGCUGUCGAGAGAACCUUCAUGUCUCUUGCAGGGCCAGAUGUCAUCGAAGGAGGACUCCCCAGAACCAGGCACCUCUGCUGCCAGCACCAGCCAGGCACCACAGGAUGGCAGCAAGGGGAAUCCCGCCUGCCCGGCAUGCCGGGACAUCGACACCGAGUGCUCCAGCUCGUGCCGGCACUGCUUCUGCCUCCUCUGCCUGUGGGAUUGGAGCCUCAGCGACGCCGCGUGCCCACAGUGCCAGCGGCCCACCCGCCACACGUACCCCCAGCACGUGGCCCUGUACCACGAGGUGCAGGACCAGGUGUACGACAGCAAGCAGAGGCGGCUCGGCCUCUCGGAGCAGAGGGCGCGGAGCUGCUCGGGACACAGCGGCUGGGAUGGGCCCCCGGAGCGGGGCCGAAGGAGGUCCUUGACGUGGCACCGUGGUGGCCGCCAGUGGUCUCGGCACGGCCAGGGCAGCGGCUCCUCGAGAAGGAGGAGGCGUCAGCGGAGAAGGAACUGGGACAACGCGCCCAACGAGGGACGAGCUCCAAGGUCCGAAUGGGACAGCCCAGGCUCCUCGUGGGGCAGGCGAUCCUGGCACAGGUCCCACACGCCACGGAGCCGAGGCCAGCAGGAACAGCCACGGGGCCACCGCAGCAGGCAGAGGUGGCGGAGCGGGAACAGGGAGCAUUCCCACGGCUGGGACAGGGAAUGGAGUAGGUCCCGCAGGCGAGGCCGGGACACCCGGACACCAUCCCAGGGAACAGAGUCCCUCGACGACUCCGCGAGGCAGAGGCACUGGAGGAGCAGGAAUGCUGAUGAGGGACGAGCUCCAAGGCACCAACAGGACAUCCCAGACUCCUCAGGGAGGAGCCGCUACCGGGGCAGAACCUGGAGCCCUGCAGGGCACAGGACCCAAUAGCCCACCCUC